CGCCGUGGAUAAUCGUGGAACUGAAACGGUCCGCUACACGCUGCAAGAAUCAGGGAACCUUGGGGGCACAUGCUUGGAACCAGAACAUGUUCAUCUCAAGAUACUCACUAGCACAUACCUACACAUAGUUGCAUCGGUACGCGAGGUUUGCUACUGUCGCUAUUUGGACAGUAAUCAAGCCGGCGGGAGCUGUCGCGAUGGUGUAACCAUGGACAGCAGAAUAAACGAAAAACCUGACAGGACAUUCGACCUAGUGUUGCAGGUGGCUUGCCCUUCGUCCGAAAAUGAAGAUCCCGCCGUGAUCUGGAGAUUCCCCCAGGACUACACAGACCAGGAGGUCCUGCAGACGGUGCCGAAGUUCUGCUUCCCUUUUGAUGUGGAGAGAGUGUCCCAGAACCAGGUGGGCCAGAACUUCACCUUCGUGCUGACGGACAUCGAGAGCAAGCAGCGCUUUGGAUUCUGCCGUCUGACGUCAGGAUGUCGCGUCUGCAUCUGCCUGCUCAGUUAUCUACCGUGGUUCGAGAUCUACUACAAGCUGCUCAACACUCUGGCCGACUACUUAACGAAACACCAGGAAGAUGACUUGAAUGACAUGCUGGAGACGCUGCACAGCCUGCCGGUACCCAGGCCCAACACGCCCGUCAACCUGAGUGUGACGGAGCGGUUGCAUAUCGCCAUGGGGCAAGUAGCGAACACCUCUGGAAGCAAAGGAGGAGUGCACUCGUACUUCAUCGCUCCGGAUAUAAACGGCCUGCCGACCAUCCCUGAGAGUAGGAACUUGACGGAGUACUUUGUGGCGGUGGAUGUGACCAACAUGCUGCAGUUGUAUGCCAGCAUGCUGUACGAACGCAGAAUAAUCAUUACCUCAAGCAAACUCAGCACUUUAACUGCGUGUGUCCAUGGCUCCGCCUCCAUGCUCUUCCCCAUGUACUGGCAGCACAUAUACAUCCCCGUGCUGCCCCCUCACCUGCUGGACUACUGCUGUGCUCCCAUGCCGUACCUGAUUGGAGUCCAUCUCAGUCUCAUGGAGAGAGUGAGGAGCCGCUCCCUUGAGGACGUGGUGAUUCUGAAUGUGGACACCAACACACUGGAGAGCCCCUCAGACGACCUGAAGAACUUACCCAGUGACGUGGUGUAUAGUCUGAAGAGUAAGUUGAAGAAGCAGUCUACAGCUACAGGCAGUGGAGUAGCCAGGGCCUUCCUGCGCACACAGGCCACGCUGUUCGGAUCCUACCGAGACGCCCUGCGAUACAGACCUGGAGAGCCAAUCACGUUCUGUGAAGAGAGCUUCGUGGCCCACCGAUCCAGCAGCAUGCGCUCCUUCCUGGAGACAGCGGUCAAUGCUCAACUCUUCAAACAGUUCAUCGAUGGCCGCUUGGCUAAGUUAAACGCCGGCCGCGGCUUCACAGACCUGUUUGAGGAGGAGAUCACAGAAGGAGGCUUCUGUGGAAGUAACACCAGAUCUUACCAGCAGUGGAUGCACACCGUGAAGAAAGGAGGAGCCUUAUUCAAUACAGCAGUGACCAAGACCAAGAGUCACGUCAAGCAAGGCUUUAGGGGAAUGCGCAGUCGACUCAAGCAAAGGGGAGAGGAGGAUGACGGUUCAUGUGGAGGUGGGUCUCCCACCAGCACCAAGAGUCUGUCUCCACGGCGACUACAGAAGAGACGGAAGGCCUCCUCCUCCACUGUCCACCCUGUGUCCCUGAGUUGUAUGGAUGCCCUGCUGCUCAAGGUAGCGGGGGUAGGGGUCAGGAGUACAGACGACGUCUUUGUGAGUACAGCUGUGGAGCUGUGCGGAGUAGAGCAGAACUACGAUAAGAAGCUUUCAAUCGGCUGUCCAGACAUAACCCUGGAUGAGGACGAACAGGACAACGCCAGCAAGAUCUCGUCGGAGGACAGUGGCGAGGUGCCAUCGUACACAGAGGAGGAGAGCGACGGGUCGUAUGAGAUGGAGGGGGAUGUGGAGCCCCCCGGUGGCCACAUGACGCUACUGGAGGAGAUCCUGGACUCCCUCAGCAGCUCCAGCAGCGCGGGGCCCGCCAGGCUGUCGGCCGCCAAGAGCCUGGACUUCCUACGCUCCAUGGAGGAACUGGACUACAAACCCACAAACCGCAUCAGUCCGUCGAGUGGGAGUCAGCAUGACUGUGGGGACAGCAGCAGUGUGAGCAGUGCCAGCGGCAGCGUGGGUGCGGGGGGCGUGUUCGGGAGCGUGUUUGGGGGCGGAGGGGGCUGUGGCAGCAGCAGCGGGGGUAGUGUGGGGGGCUCGCUGGGCCGGGGGGCAGAGCCGGGCGCUUGGCACAUGGGGCAGGACGACAGCGCCAUCCACGGCAAACACCUGCCGCCCUCCCCACGUCGCCAGCCCAGCUACAAACCCCCCCAGGUGCCCGCCAGGCGCCCCCGGGCACACACCACCCACGACGAUGCCAACCUGUGUGUCCCCUCGCACCCCCCCGUACGCAGCUCCUCCCACGCCGGUAGCCUCCCGCCCGACAUCAAGCCC